AUGUCAACAUUUCAACAGAAUCCAUUGAAUAGUUUAUCUCCAAUACUUUUAUCGCCUUCGACAACAACGAUAACAAAUCAUAUUUCGUUAUUUGACAAUAGUGAUCAAGGUUCAGUGGAUUCCGAUUAUACGUCAUUGGGCAGUUCGAAAUUUUACGCUCAUAGUGGUUCAACCUCAUCACUGAAUCGUCAGGGACGUUCACAAUCAAUUGAUGAAUUAGCAUCAUCAAUAACAACGACGAUACCAACAAGACAUUUUAAUGGUUUAUUAAAUGUAAAUAAAUCAAAUAAUGACCCGUUACAAUUUGUUAAAAUUCAUCCCAAUCAUGAUCUAAUUGAACGUGCACAAGAACAAUUAUCACUGGCAGAGUCACGAAAACGUUUACAAGAAAAUUAUGAAAUAACAAAUAAAUCAAAUGCAAAUAAAGUUAAUGAUGAGGAAAAUGAUUGGUCAAAGAAUUUUUCAACAUCAACGGCUAUGCCUGCUGGUCGUAUGAACAAUAAUGCAUUAACGUCAUCGUCUCACAUCAGGCAGAGCGAAGUUUUUGAAGAUUAUUCACAAGCUGUUGAUAAUUGGCGAAAAAAACGUGAACAAAAACGUUUGAAAAAUGUUAAGUCAACGGAUCACUCGGACGACGAUCAACCGAUCAUAACUUUAAAAGCUGAACCGAUUUCGAAACUUCAAGAAACAAAAAAAACAAUCAAUGAACCUGUGGCGAAACCUACACGUAUGUUAUUACCCCCGCCGCCUGUACCAGUUAAAUCAAAAAGUCCCUCGCCUCAACGUAUUAAAGGUCCAGCUAAAAUUCGCGAAAUAUUCAUUGAAAAACCUAUUGAUGUACGUGGAUUUGGGUUUAAACUCGAAGGUGGUCGCGUACAAAAUCGACCUAUUUAUAUUUCGACAAUUGAAGAAGGUAGUCCUGCUGAUAAGGCUGGUUUAUACAUUGAUGAUGAAAUUGUAUCAAUGAAUGAUGAAAAUAUUGAAAGUAUGUCGUUUGAUCAAGUACGAAAAAUUCUUAAAGAACGAAAUUUACGUGGAAGUAUUAAACUGGUUGUCAGAACAUUCGAAGAUGUAGCCGAUGAUCAAUCUCAAACAAUCACAACAGGACCUACCACUGAUCAUAGUCGAACGCCAUCGCCUCAAAAAAUAACAUCUCCUCUUACACUGCCAUCGUAUUCUGUUGCAACACCUAAAAUAAAGUCAUCGAUACCAUCACCUGUUUCGUCGUAUAUACAAUUUAAUCCGAUAUCUUCAUCUGAUACAACAAAAGUAUCUCCAUUACAACAAAUACCUACCUCAUCAUUGAAUAUAUUCACACCAAAACCGUUUCGUUCGACGAAUUCAACUAAUACUAAUGAAUCAAGUAUUUAUGAUAAAGAACUUCAAGAUCUCGAGGCUGAAUUUGAAAAACAAUUGAGAGGCAUUGAUGAGACACCAAUACGAGAGACAACAAUUAAUAGCGACAAACAAGAAACAAAUGUACCUAAACCACCAACGCGAGUCGUAGUAAAUACACCUCAAACACUUGUUGAUCAAUCACCACCGGUACCCCCCAUUGAUUCAUUUGUACAUCGAGCUCCAAAUACUGAUAAUACAGGAAAACAACAGCGUAAUGAUACUCCUAUCGCUCAAGUACGUUCCUAUGUUGAAAAACAAAUGGAUCAACUUCAGCAGGAACUUGAAUUUGGUUUUCCACGUUCAACAAAAGUACCCUCAUUAACAUCUCUUGUUCCUGCACCAGCACGAGAACAGGAGCCGGUGACUAUUCCAAUUGAUCUAACAAGUGCUUCGCCUCCGCCUGCGCCUAUUCCAUCUGAAUUUCUACGUUCAUCAUUAAAAAAAUCUUCUUCAACACAAAAUCAUUUGGAUCGAAUUCCAUCCAAUCGAACGUACGGUUUAAAAAUCGAUCCCAAUGAACAAGUUAUUCAUUAUCUCGAUCCUUAUGCACAACAGAACUAUACAAAACAUUCUAUACCUGAUCUACCUUCAAUGAGAACACAUACAUUUAAUGAUUUAAAAGCUACUACGCCCGAAUCUUACUCAACACAAAUAAUUAAUCAACAACAACAACAACAACAACAACAGAAAAAAGUUACGAUUCAAUUAGGUGGAAGAAUACCACAGCAAAGAAUAACAAAUAAACAACUACAUUCAGCAUUAAAUCAAACACCACGAAAAACUCAUUUUCAUGAUCAAAUAUUGAUCAACGACGAGCCAAGAAAACAAACUAAUGUUAAAACUAGUGGUCGCCGUUCUGCACCACUUGCACCACCCCGUCAAGAGCUGCAAAUGUUUAAUUAUCAAGGACAACAACGAAGCUCUAACGUAUCACCAAAUCGACAAUCUCGAACAAAAUCACCAGCUCGUACUAUGAUGGAGAGCAAUAAUGAUCGAGUUUUAUCUGUUAGCGGAAAACUUCGUUGUUCUAGAUGUACUGAUGAACUAGGACAAGGUUCGGCUAUGGUUAUUGAAUCACUCGGAUUAUAUUAUCAUAUCGAAUGUUUUCGUUGUUGUGUUUGUAAUAUUCCACUUGCAUCGUCAUUCGAAGGUACCGAUGUACGUGUACGAAAUAAUCGACUUCAUUGUCAAAAUUGUUUCUCCGAUGAUAAUGGUGUGAAAUUGAGUGCUGUUUAA